CUGAUCUUAAACGGUCUGCUACUGCUUCCUUCAAAACCAAACUGCAUACAAACACGAUCAGUGCUUUUUGAUAAAGUGUAUUCUACAUCUAGUGCGUUUUUGAAUUGGCAAUAAGUCUAUAACCCUCAUCUGACUUUGAUAAGUGUAUUCUACAUUUAGUGCGUUUUUGAAUUAUGUGGUUUAGUUUUUCCAUAGCCAAGGGAGAGGUCAAGGAAUUAUAGCUCUAAGUUUCUACCUCUUUCAACAAUAAUUGUUUUGUUUACUCUACUAAGAAAAAAACAUAAGAAUUAUUUUAAAAAGAAUACCUGUUUUAUUUUGGAAUUUGGAAAAUGGCUUGUUCCUAAUUAUAUUAAAAAUUUAGAUAAUGAUGAUAAUAUGUGAUUUAUAAUUAUAUAUAUAUAUACAUGUGUGUGAAUAUAAUUAAUAAAAAUAUUUUUAGUUAUAAAUUGGUAAAAGAAACCUAAUAAAAUGCGAGAUUCUAAUUUAACAUAUCAUAGUAGUUUAUAAACCAAGUUUGGCUUAACAUUUUAUGCCUUGCGGUUACAUUAAUGUAAUUGGCCUAAAUCCCAAACAUAGUAAAUUUAAGUUGUGACAACCAACUUAUUACGAUGUUAUUGGUAAGAAAUAACCAUUAAACUUUGUUGUCUUUAAAACCAUAAGGAAUGUAAUAAGUAACUAGAGCCAACAAACACAACUAUUGUCAAAAGAGAUAUUUUUAGAAGUUUCAACAAAUUUAAAUAAUAUAUAUAUACACGCAUGUUUUCAAAUUUGUAGAAGGCAAACACAUCUCGAGCAGAAAAAUAAACAAAUCAACUAAGACAAUGAAGCUUCAGUUGUUUUGGCUUGCUUUGGUAUUCAUUGCCGUCAAAGCUAAUCCAGCGAAGGAAGGAAAGAAUGCAACAAUCCCUGCACUAAUAGUUUUUGGAGAUUCAAUCAUGGAUACUGGUAAUAACAAUAGACUUCCAACUCUUUUGAAGUGCAAUUUUCCUCCCUACGGCAAGGACUUUCCUGGCGGCUUGGCCACCGGAAGAUUUUCUGAUGGAAGAGUUCCCUCUGAUCUCAUUGCUGAAAAAUUGGGAUUGGCUAAGUCACUACCAGCAUUUAUGAACCCGAAUUUGAAGCCUCAAGAUCUUCUUAAGGGUGUAACAUUUGCAUCUGGAGGAACUGGUUACGAUCCGCUAACGGCUAAGAUUAUGUCCGUGAUAUCAGUCUGGGAUCAACUAACAUAUUUCAAGCAAUAUAUAUCAACGAUUAAACAACAUUUUGGAGAGAAAAAAGCUCAAGAUAUAUUGGACCAUAGUUUUUUUGUUGUGUGUUCUAGUAGUAACGACCUUGCUCACACUUUCUUAGCUCAAUCACAUAAAUAUGACCGUACCUCAUAUGCCAAUUUCUUGGCUGACUCAGCAGUCAAAUUCGUAAGAGAAUUACAUAAACUUGGAGCUAAAAAAAUCGGAGUGUUUAGCGCAGUGCCGGUUGGAUGUGUACCACUUCAAAGAACAGUGUUUGGAGGUUUGUUUACAAGAGGAUGUGUUAAACCUUUAAACAACAUGGCAAAACAAUUCAACGCAAGGCUUUCACCUGCACUAGAAUCUUUAGAUAAAGAGUUGGAUGGUGUUAUCUUCUACAUUGAUGUUUAUGAUACUCUUUUCGACAUGAUCCAACAUCCUGCAAAAUACGGUUUUGAGGUAGCUGAUAGAGGAUGUUGCGGUAGAGGUUCUCUCGCAAUAUCCUACAUGUGUAACUCAUUGAAUCCAUUCACAUGUUCUAAUUCCUCAGCCUAUAUAUUUUGGGAUAGCUACCACCCAACUGAGAGAGCUUAUCAAGUUAUCGUUGACAACUUGCUUAACAAAUAUUUAAGCAAACUCUAUUGAUGUUUAAUCAUUUAGCUAAAAGUUUUUAUCUCUUGGUCUAAUUGUGUUCCCCCAAUCAAAUAUUACAUAGGAAAAACAAAAAAUGUAAUAAGAUAACAACGAAGCUUGAUUUGUUUUUUUACCAAACACACAUAAAGUUCAUUACAGUGACAAUAAUAAUAACAAUAAUAAUAAUCUAUUUUUAUGACCAAACAUGAAAAAUAUAUAUAAACGUGACAAUUUUCAUGUUUACUACUUUUUUGGUACCAUUAUUCAUGUUUACUAUUAUUAAAGAAACAUUUAAAAAAAAAAACAUUUUUCAUUAAGAGGCAAAAGAUUCUUAUAUCUUUGUUCUAUAUAUAUAUAUAAAUAAAUAAUUAUUUAAAUAAAUAAAAAACUUGAUUCGAUAACUAAGCGAUGACAAUGCAUUUAUUUGAACUAAAAGCUUUAGAAACAUAAAAACAAUAAUAUAACAAGAGUACGAACCAACGCCGGAGCCGGCACCGGCCGAAGAUUUUUGUAGAGAAACGGUUGUUUGUUUUUGCCUUUUGUGUCGCUUGCGAGAGAGAAACAAUUUUCACACAUUAUCUACGUUAUUGGAAAAAAAAACAAAAGAAAGAAAUUAAAUUUAAAUCUAAUUAAAAAUAAAACUACCAAAUAAAAAGCAAAAUAAAUUUAAUAAUGGUAACUAAAUGUAAGAUUUUUUUAUUUAUUAAGAGUAUAUCCGUUAUUAAUUUUCGUAAAAAUUAACGUGAGCGCGAUAUGUAAGAUUCUGAAUUCUCAAAUAAUAUUAUAGAGAUAUUUAUCUUAUUAAAGUAGAAGUACAUUUAGAAAAUGUUUGGAAACAUAGUUAGUAGUAAAAAAACAUAAUAUUGUUUGGAAACACGGAUAGCAGUAUAUUAAGAAAAAAAUUAAUCGGCUAAUGUUAUUACAAAAAUAUAUAAAUCUAUUAUAUUAUGAGAAACUAUAUAUCUGGGUCAACCUUAAAAUAUACGAAAAUGAACCAAUCAAAUUACGUAAAAACAUCUUUUGUCUAAAAUAAUCAUAAAACAAAAUUUAAACUUUAUAUACAUGUUUGGAAUCAAAAUAUUAAUUUUAAACUGAUUUAUAUCAAAAUUGAUUCAAAAAUAUACUUAUAUUAAAAAAUGUUUUUACUAAAAUAUUUUUCAGUAACCAUUAUAAAAAAAAUGUU